CGGGUUUUGGGAGGCUCCUUCAAGGAAGAGCCGCUGCUGCUUCUGGACUGGGUAUCCUCCAAAGAUGCCACCCCAAGAUUGCCAGACCUUCGUCCUCCCGUUUUUUCAUGCUUCUGCUCAUUGUCCCCUCCUUUGGGUUUUUCGGCUGGCUCUCUCGAAGUGCGACUCCAGCCCCUCUUCCAGACCCAAAAAAUGCUCCCAACCCAGGAAAUCUUCCACAAGUUCCUUUUGAGAUGACCACAGGAGACGAGAGGUUCUUAGCUGAGGCCCAGCGGCUGCAUCUGUCACCCCUGGAUUCCUGUCACCAUAAGGUUAUAGCAGAGCUCCGUUCAUCUUGCACAGACCUGACUGAAGAGCAGCUAGCCAAGCUGGGGGUGUCCUUGUUCAAUUGUCAAGCCAGCGUUGAAGGUCGGCGGACUUAUCUCUGCACCACAGACAUGACCCUGGCUGAAUGCACAGCAGAGAUGGAUCCAGACACCUGGAACGCUUAUCACAUAGUGAGCAACCGUGCCCGCGCCGUCUGCUAUGCCACCCGUCAGAUGCAAUUCAAGCGCCGGGCAGAGCAUACCGUCAAUGCCUUGGUCUCCACUGCGGCCGGCCAGCUGGAAGCCAUGAAAAUCCUGCAGAGCAGCCAGGAAGAGCUGAAGGCCCUGACGUCGGAGUCCUUGCAGCAAGUGGUGACCAGCCAAGAGAAGCUCCUGGCCCAGCAAGAGACGCUUCAGGGCAGCCAGGAGAAAAUGGAAGAGUCCAUCCACAGCAACUUGGAUCAUCUGGCUCAGGAGAAGGCUCUGAUUGCCAGUGGGCAGCAGCAGGUGGCACAGCUGAUUGAGGGCAUCACAAGAAGGAUGGAAAAUGUGAGCAGUCACCUGAACAGCCAGGAUGCAGACUUGCAAGAGGGCCACCGAGCCAUCCUCAGGGACCUGACCCAGGUGCAAAAGCGAGCGCAGGAGGUUUACUCCAAAAUAGAGACCAAUUUGGAGAUGUUUGUGGCCUAUCAGAACCAGACCACCGUAUAUUACGAUGAGUUGAUGGGGAAGCUGCAAAAGAUGAACGAGAGCCUGGGACUGGUGCUUUACACCAUGGACCGCAUGCAGAGCAAUGUGGAAGGGCGGCUGCAGCACAUUCAACGAUUCAUCAACUGGGCAGGCUUCAGUCUGAGCUCCAUCUAUACCUGCAUUCUGCAUGGCAGCUAUUUCCUCCUGGCAGCUCUGAUAAUGACUUUCCUGCAGAUACCUGGCCUUCCGCGUGCCACGCUCCUAGUCCUUGUUGUGGUCAAUGCGCUCUUGGAGCUCAACCAUGCCGUUUCCUUAGGUUUUAAUUGUCUCACCGGUGUCUUGGUGUUUGCUAUUGCAGGGAACUGGCUGCUGGGCAGAAUCAUUCACUGUCCUUUGACAAGGACAGAACAGAAACAGAUUUUGAUAUCUUUGCCAUUUCCCCAGAAGAAUCGUGCAAUGCAUGUCGAUGAAGUGGAACAUAAAAGCGACAGGCAUUGCCAUGUUACUUCCACUCCUGAAAGAGAAGCUGAUGUUAGCUUCCUGAAAGAAGAGCUGGAGAAGUUGGAAGAGGCGAGCUACAUGUCAGAUGGAGCCCACAUGGAAAAGGAGUCCCUAGAGAAGGGUGCCGACUUUGUGCCUUCUCCCCAGAGAAGAGGGCAGGAGAGCACAAUGCUGUUUUCAGCAGCCUGGAAGCCUCCGCAGGGUCCUCCUUCCCAUGGCACCAACCUUCGCCGUCUCAGUUUGGCCCGCUCCACCAGACAAGAGCAGAUUUCCUUGGAGAGAUUCCAGCAGCUGGGUUCACCCUUCCACCUGUUUCCCAAUUCAAGGUCCUCUUCCCCCAACGAGUCCAUGGUCAGUGAUAUGUCCACUUGUUCAGCCAGUCUAAGACCACGCUGCCAAGGGGUCACUCGAACCGGGCAGCCUUGCAGGAAAAAAGCCAUCUCAGGCCACAGCUAUUGCCAUAUUCAUGAAUCUGGUCAGUCCUCUUAUGUUUGCUAAUCAGCAAGGUUUUGCUUUCUUGACAAUGGAUAGAUCUUAGAAAUAGCAAAGGUGUAAUUGACAGACUCCGAACUUGAGGACUCCAUCACUAUUGCUCCUUUGCAUGGAGAGGUUCUUUUUUUAAUCAAUGCAAAAUUAUUAUUUUUAUAUUGGUAUGACUCCAAGUGAUGAAAUGAAAGUCUACAUUUUCAUGGAUCUAGCUCACAUCUGACCUCUCAUACCCUCCUUAUAAUAAGGGAUUAUCUCUUGACUGUGAGGUGAAAGGAUUGUGGCUGGAAGUAAAAAAAGAUUUCCAAGCUACAGCUGCAACCUGAGCCUUGUGGUUUUCUCCACAAAAUACAGGAUUUUAAAAAUGUCUGUUCGCUUCUGGAUGGUCUUGGGCACAAUUCUAGCUGAACAAAACCUCAUCUACCUCUGCUGUUCCCUUCUCCAUGGGACUUGCCUUAUCUACA